AGGGAGGCGACCAGAGGAGGCCAGGCAGGGGCUUUGGCUUCCCUGGGGUCUGAUUGGAGGUUGGCCCGAUGAGUCGGAGCUGGGGGCGCGCCCAUCUCCACUGGCUAGGGCGAGAGCCGCCGGCUCGGCCCCUCCCCGGAGCCGCUUUGUCCCCGGUGACGGCGGCGGUGGUUGCGGGAGCACCGGCAGGAGGCACAGCUCGAGUGACCCCGCGACCCGGAGAGCGGGAGGCGGCGCGCAGUGCGCACCGCCCCACGCCCAGGCCCGCGGGCACCGCGCUCGCCCCGCCGUCAGGGAUGAGGGGAGAAUCUUACUUCAUCGGAAUGAGGAGCCUGGGGCAGCAGGCAUCCAUCCCUGAAGAUGGGGGACUUUUCUUCCUCUGCUGCAUAGACAGAGACUGGGCUGUCACUCAGUGCUUUGCAGAAGAGGCCUUCCAAGCGAUCACUGACUUCAAUGACCUCCCCAACUCACUGUUUGCCUGCAAUGUUCACCAGUCCGUGUUUGAAGAAGAAGAGAGCAAGGAAAAAUUUGAGGGACUGUUCCGGACUUAUGAUGAAUGUGUGACGUUCCAGCUGUUUAAGAGUUUCCGACGUGUCCGAAUAAAUUUCAGCCAUCCCAAAUCGGCUGCCCGCGCACGGAUAGAGCUUCAUGAGACCCAGUUCCGUGGGAAGAAGCUAAAACUCUACUUUGCACAGGUCCAGACCCCCGAGACAGAUGGAGACAAACUGCAUUUGGCACCCCCACAGCCUGCCAAACAGUUCCUCAUCUCGCCGCCCUCAUCUCCUCCUGUGGGCUGGAAGCCCAUCACUGAUGCCACACCAGUACUCAACUAUGACCUCCUUUAUGCUGUGGCCAAACUAGGACCAGGAGAGAAGUACGAACUGCACGCGGGGACAGAGUCCACACCAAGUGUUGUCGUGCAUGUGUGCGACAGCGACAUGGAGGAAGAGGAGGAUCCAAAGACUUCCCCAAAGCCAAAAAUCAUCCAGACCCGGCGUCCCGGCCUGCCACCCUCUAUGUCCAACUGAGCGCCACCAUGACAAUAUGCAUCUCCUCUAUUAUGCUUCCCCAUUGUGAUUUGUCCAAAACAUUAAUUGCCUUUAAGUCCCUGGGUGUUUGCGAUCCCUUCCUUGUAAUUAAGCCUCUCGGACAAAAGGGCUAGGAAAAGAUGACAUGUCUCCCGAUCAACUCAUACCCAUCAACGAUAAUCCAUUAUUUAGAAAGUUCUAGAGAAAAGAAAAAAGGUAGUAUUUUCUUAUUAAGCAAUCAGGACAGCCUA